AUGCGUCUCCUUCGCGCGUCCUCAAGUGCUCUGCGCUGCAGCCGCCGCCUGAUUUCCGCCUUCGCCGUGGACCAGCCAAUCCGCUGCCACCCGCCGACUGACAGUGCCGUCCCAUGGAACAAGCUCCUCCGCGACCACAUCGCCGGCUCCCGGCCGGGCCUCGCGCUAGCGCUCUACCGCCUCAUGCGCGCGCUCUCCCCCGCGCUGCCCAACUCCUACACGCUGCCGCUCGCCCUCCGCGCCGCGCCUUCCUGGCGCCUCGCCGCCGUCGUACACGGCCACGCGCUUCACCUCGGCCUCCACACCCACCCGGACGUCGCCGGCCAGGUCCUCGCCGCCUACGCCAGGCUCGGCCGCGCGGCCGAGGCCCGCUGCGUGUUCGACGCAUUGCCGUUGAGGAGGAGCACCCUCUCCUGGAACACGCUCAUCUCCGCCUACUCCGCCGGGUGUGACCCCGACGCGGCGUGGGUCGCGUUCGCGCGCAUGGUGGCGGCCGGGGCGCGGCCGGACGCCGUGACGUGGACCGCGCUGCUGUCGGCGCACGCGAGGUGCGGGAGGCACCCGGAGGCUCUUCGGCUGCUCGGGGCCAUGCACCGCAGCGGGUGCGAGGGCAAUGCCGAGGCCGUCGCUGUGGCGCUCUCGGCGUGCCCGUACGCCGGCGGCCCUGCACUGGGGAGAGGGAGGUCGAUACAUGCCUACGGCUUUGUGAAGGGCGUCGUCCAUGGCUACCUGUUCGUCACCAACUCACUGGUGUGCAUGUACGGCAAGCUUGGAGAGAUGGAGGAAGCUGAGAAGGUUUUCUGGGAUGCCGGGGCGAAGAAGAACGCCGUGACAUGGAAUGCGCUCAUCACUAGCUACGCCGCCGCCGGGUUGUGCGGCAAGGCUCUCGGUGUGCUUGCCCAGAUGGAACAGUGUGGCGGCAUGGUCGCGCCCAAUGUCGUGAGCUGGAGCGCUGUCAUUGGCGGGUUCGCGUCAUCAGGGGACAUGGAGCAAGCACUGCAGCUGUGCCGGCAAAUGCAGCAACAGUGGCUUUUGCCGAACGCGGUGACAUUAGCGACCGUUCUUUCAGCCUGCACACAACUGCUGGCGUUGCGGCUGGGUCAGGAGGUCCAUGGCCACACGAUCAAAGCAGCGCUAGACCGGCACUCGCUGGUGCAGAACGGUCUGGUCAACACGUACGGCAAGUGCGGGAAGGUUGCUACUGCGCGCAAGGUGUUCGACGGGAUGAAGAGCAGGGACUUGAUCUCAUGGAACUCGAUGAUCGGGAGCUAUGGCGCACAUGGUAUGUGUGACGAAGCCCUUGCAAUGUUCCAAGACUUGACCAGGGCUCUGAUUGAGCCUGACGGCGUUACGUUUGUCGCCGUGCUUUCUGCGUGUAGCCACACAGGGCGUGUCGCAGAGGGCCGCCGCUUGUUCGACCAGAUGGUGCGGGAGCACAAGAUCUCCCCAACCAUGGAGCACUACACCUGCAUGGUUGACCUCCUGGGGCGUGCUGGCCUGCUGAGGGGCGCGUGUGAGCUCAUUGAUACGAUGCCGAUGAAGCCUGACCUGUGCGUGUGGGGAGCGCUGCUCAACUCCUGCAGGAUUCACGGGGAUGCAGCACUGGCCGAAGCUGCCAUGGCCAAAGUUCUGCAGGCUGAGACGGCAACCACCGGCAACCGCACGCUGAUCACAAACCUGUACGCCGCGUGUGGGAUGUGGGACGACUCCAAGAGGGUGAGGAUGACGAUGAAGGAGGCAGGGUUGAGGAAGAAUCCGGGGCAGAGCUGGAUUGAAGUGAGGAACAAGGUGUUCGCCUUCACGGCCUGGAGCGCGCCGCCGUCUGAAGCUGAGGAGGUUUUCAGGGUGCUUGACGAUCUGUACGGGGAAAUGAAAGACGAGAAGCGCUCCACUGCCAUGUAUGAUGUCAUUGCAAGCAUUGCGUAGAACAAUUGCCAUCUAAUUCUACCCCGUGGUUUGUGGCAAGAUUGCUAUGCUAGGUCAAGCAAGGGACACAUCUCAUCAUACAUAAAGGAGCAAAGAACUGAGGAGCUUGGCGACUGCUAAAGAUGUUGCGGACCGAAGAAGAGCAUGAGGGUCUUGCAGAUCUCCGACGGCUCCGCCAUCGCGCCAUUGACCGGCGGGACGACGGACAUGCCGAGGUCGCGCAGGACGGCGAGGUGGCGCGCCGUGAAGGGGUUGCCCCACAUGAAGGUGUUCAUGGCCGGCGCGACGUAAACGGGCUUGCUGUAGUCCCAGGCGCGCACGACGCAGGUGAGGAGGUUGUCGCACAGCCCGCCGGCGACCUGGCAGCAGGCAGAGUUGUCAGCGGCGACCGGUGAGGGCGAGCGCGAUGACCAGCUGGCGUGCGUACGGCGUACCUUUGCGAGGGUGUUGGCCGAGAGCGGCGCGAUGACCAGGACGUCGGCCCACCGGCGCAGCUCGAUGUGCAGGACCUUGUCGCCGACCCGCUUCCAGCUAGACCACUCCUGGUCGUCGGUGUAGAGAGGGACGCCGCCGGGGAAGGAGGCCACGUCGAUGAAUUCCAGCGCGGACGCGGUCGCCACCGCGUGGACAUCCGCCCACUCGGCGACGCUGCGGCAGAGGACCUCGAACUUGAUGGCGGCCACGCUGCCGGAGGCUGCCAGGAGGACGCGAGGACGACGAGGAGGCCCGCUCCCCGAUGCCGCCGAGUCCUGGUGGGCGGCCAUCGCAGUGGCAAUGUGUGUCUCCGAGACUGAGUGAUUGACUACGAGGUCGGAGAACUCCUAAAAACUUCGGCAAGACUGACUGCUCGAAGCAAAUCCAAUCCAAUUCAAGGUGGAUAGGCGGGAGAAUUUCGAGUUUUUUUUUUUGAAACCAAUGUAUCCCCAUAACUGGGCUUUGUAAAAUUACUACCCCGAAUGAAGCAAUUGGAUCAAUUGGAUUUA